AUGCAGAAGACUUCUGACAUGCACGACGAGCGCGCUGAGUACGCGCCUGGAAGCAUCCUGUUAGGUGAUUUUAACGCGAGCUUUAUUAACAAGACUAAUGUCUCGUGGGGUGACUUUCAGGAUUUGGAUAAACCCGAUUUUGUGGGUGACGGUUCUGCGCUUUUGAGAAUAGUAAUCUCCAUCAUUUACUCGGUCGUUUGCGCGCUUGGUUUAAUUGGAAACAUACUCGUCCUAUAUCUCAUGAAGUCCAAACAAGCAUGGAAGAAGUCGUCCAUCAAUCUCUUCGUGACCAGCCUGGCGGUGACCGACUUUCAGUUUGUUUUGACACUUCCUUUUUGGGCUGUGGAAAACGCCAUGGAUUUCACUUGGCUGUUUGGUAAGGCGAUGUGCAAGAUGGUUUCAUUUGUCACGGCAACGAACAUGUACGCUAGUGUGUUUUUCCUAACAGCCAUGAGCGUGGCGCGAUACUGCUCCGUGGCUUCUGCGCUGAAAAGCAGGAGACGCCGGAUGCGUUUAUCUGCGCGCUGGAUGAGCGUCAUCAUUUGGAUAGCUGCGAUCGGUGCAGCGCUCCCAAAUGCGAUAUUUUCAACGACGGCUACGGUGUCUAACGAGCAACUGUGCCUGGUGAAAUUUCCCGACCGGAGCGGAGACGUGCAAUUUUGGCUUGGUUUGUACCACGCGCAAAAAGUACUUCUGGGGUUUCUAAUUCCCCUCGGUAUAAUAACCAUGUGCUAUCUGCUCCUUUUGCGCUUUAUUACCAACAAAAACGUGAAUACCUCCAGCGCAAAGAGGCGAUCCAAAGUUACCAAAUCUGUGACUAUUGUCGUUUUAUCUUUUUUCCUCUGCUGGUUGCCAAACCAGGCGUUAACGGCGUGGGGCAUCCUGAUAAAAUUUAACGUGGUGCACUUUAGUUACGAGUAUUACGCCACGCAAGUGUAUGUUUUUCCGGUGACGGUCUGUUUAGCGCAUUCAAACAGCUGUCUCAAUCCUAUUCUGUAUUGCUUAAUGAGGAGGGAAUUCAGGAAGGCUUUGAAAAAGCUGUUUUGGCAGAUCACAUCGCCUUCUGUCACCAACAUGAGGCCGUUUACUGCCUCCACAAAGCCCGAGCAGGAUGAACAGGGUCCGGCGUUGGUUCCGGUAGGUCCCACGGAGCCUGCGCUUAUUUUCUAUCCUCCGGGGGUUGUGAUGUAUAACGGCAGAAACGACCUUCUGCCUAACAGCACAUAACUGAACCAGUGGCGAAGCGAUCGUUGUACAACUUUUAGGGAUUUCUGUGCACACGUUUUUCCUUCGAAAAGAUGCUUGCGCAGCCUCAGACAUCCACACAAUGUGUGUAUGCGCAUUCGUGUAAAAUUUUAAAGGAAGAAACAUCCUUAAAGAAAAUUAACCAAAGUUUUACCACUUUAUGAGCUACACUUGUUUUAUCCUAAUGAUGGUAAAACCAUAGUAACAACAAUUGUCUCACUUUA